GACUCUCGCAAGCCUGCGUUUCGAAUUAGCCUUGCAGUUCGUGUCCUGUGUCCUCUCGCACCAUGGAUUUGCCAGGUGAAGAGUUGAUGUGUCUUCCAGCCUUGGCAGCCAAGAGCGAUGCGACGAUGGGCCCACGAAAGCGCAUCUAUGAAACUGAGACAGGAGAAAGCUUGCUGACGAACAAAGUCUAUGCAGAGCAGUUUCAUUCUGCAGCAGGGUCGCACACUGGAGCUCAGAGUGCUUCCUCCGUGAGGGUCUACUCUAACACAGAUCGGCAAAGGCUCUACGAUGGCUUGGCCGGACGACCUGGACUGCAGGGGCCACCUGCGCCCUUCAACACGCCUCGGCGGCGCUUCCCUGGCGCCAGCGUCUCACGCGUCGAUGGGCUGUUGCGAGGUGAUGCGUCACCCUUGGCUUCAGAGCAUCCAUCAGAAUACGGAGAGCUCUACACAGGAGCAGCUGGUGCACCUAAGCAUUGGCUUCUCGGGACCGUAGAGCAAAUCUCUCCUGGUCGGCACCGAGUACGUGCUCUCGGGGCAGGUCCUUCUCAGGUGGAUGAAGUCGUGCUGGGUCACGACAUUGACGGGUCCACUGAAUUGACUUGGGCCCUUCAUGGUCGGGCCGGCAUCAAGAGCAUGGGAAUGGUUCCGAGAAUGGAAGGCCGUCGGAACAUCCCUGGUGGUGGUGAGUCUUCCGUGGACGAAUUGAUCUGGGGCUCGGACGUGGACAACUCUUCAGAUCCCCACGUUCUUCAAGGAAAGGCGCAGCUCUUCCAAGGGGCUGCCGGUAGUGCCGGUGUUUGUGGCAGCGCGCGGAGGCACACAGGCCGUCGGAACAUCCCUGGUGGUGGUGAGUCUUCCGUGGACGAAUUGAUCUGGGGCUCGGACGUGGACAACUCUUCAGAUCCCCACGUUCUUCAAGCAAAGGCGCAGCUCUUCCAAGGGGCUGCCGGUGGCACUGCUGGCGCAUUGCCGCGAAGUGAAGUUGGGCGACGGCAUGUCCAGCACACCGAGAGUGUUGAGACCGUGAGCCGCGGGCGAAAGAAGCUUCCUUCUGGUCGUGAUCGCGUUGGACAACUCCUCACAGGUGAAGCCUCGCAGCUUGGAGCGGAGCAGACGGGAAACGGCAUUUCGAAUGCUCCGCAGAAUGCUCCGCAGAAUGCUCCGCUAUGCUUAUAUGUGUCCGUUGUGUUUUCGACAGAUCAACAGGUGUUCAACGUGAUUUCAGAAUCACUUCGAUUUCGAGAUGUGCAGGGCAAAACGACUGGAGAAGCUCGACACGAAACACGUUUGCCCUCAGACUUCCUGUUGUUUCUGAGGCCUGCUCAUAUUGCCCAACGAAGCCAUGUCGGAGCUGCGUCCCAGGUGGACGAUGUCGUGCUGCAUCGGGAUAUUGAUGGCUCCAAUCUGCAAUUCCAGGAGUUUGCUGAGCUCAUGGCAGGUGCAGCUGGUCGCCGUUGUGUCGGUGCACAGGAUAGAGUGGAAGGGAAGCGACACAAAGAGGCCGUCACGUCAUUGGUGCAGGAAGUCUUCAGCCCCGAAUCGCCCCCACUUCAGGCUCAGCGACCAGCCCGGCGGCGCAUUCCUGUGGCUGCAGCGUCCCUGGUGGAUGAUGUGGUCCUCGAUCGGGACAUUGACGGUUCCAGACAACGCUUUCUGGAUUACGCAGAGCUCACAGCCGGUGCUGCCGGCCGUCCAUGUGUCGGAACGCAGGAACGGCAAGAUGGCCGUGUGCCACGAAAGCACCUUCCAGUCGGUGCGGCUUCCGGUUUUGCCGUGCCCAGCGCCGAUGACGCCGUGUCAUCGUUCGUGGCUUUGACGGCGGGCGCUGCGGGCCGCCGCUACGCCGGGGCCGCAGCCCGAGCCGAGGGGCGACGCUGCUUCCAAAAGGCUUCAAUGAUGAAAGAGAUUUUCAGUGAGGCAUUGUGAGGCAUUGUGCCCAGUUGCCGGCGUAGGUGAACAUGGGAUUUCCAAGUGUUUUUGUUGACAAAACCUAGUAGCGUCCUUGCUCCUAGUAGCGAUGCCAGGAGCCCCUAGUAGCGUCUUUGCUCCUAGUUGUUUUUGUUGACCAAAGCGGAUGAUCUGCAGACGCAGAUUUCCUCCGCAGUAUUCACACAGCGCUUGCGGCGCUUGCGCUUUUGCUAACGCAGUGGCGCCAACUACUGGCCACUCAGUUGGACCAUGCGCGCUGAAACUCAAGUGCGCAAAAAAAGCCUGUGUUUCUAUAUCUAUUAGUAGCGUCCUUGUAGCGAUGCCAGGAGCCCCUAG